AGAUAGUAUCGUGCACUACAGUAUUAUAACGUGUAAGCUCUGAAAGUGCACACGGAGCCUCUCCCAUUUAUUCGUCGAUCGGACGUCAUCGUGACUAGACGCGGCAUUAUUGGUUGCAGUGAGUCACCUCGACUUGGCCACGAGAUACCUUUCUGCGGCAAAGAGCAAACAACAACAUCGGAAAGCGGUCUUUCCGCGAACAAUAUUUACGUUGUCCCACAGUAGUGUUGUCGAACAGAACCCUUUCACUGCUGAUAACAAGUUCUGUAGCGACGGAAGUGUGCGCCUUGUCAAAAGUACAAACUCACAUCACUGCCCGAAGUAGGUACCUGCGAAAGAAAUUGUUGUAUCCAUCCUGUGAAUAAAGUCGUGUGUGAUAUGUCGUGAUACCACCAUCGAAGCUGGAAGAAAAUCUUAAAACGUGUGUUCAUGCAUAAUUCAUAGUGGUGUAGUUCUGCUUGUCUUUGAUAAAAAAAAAUCAAUUUUUAACAGUUCACUGAGUGCAAAACAAGUCAUCUCGCGUGGCUUAUGUAAGGCAGUAAACAGUGAACCCAAUAACCACACUCACACACGAUGUGGUACCGAAGAUCGUCGACGUCGAGUUUCUUACGCUUGUCGCUGGUGCUGGCACUCGUGGCGACCUUCACACAGUGGCCAAUUCAACAGGUCAACGCCCAAUUCACCGUGGACCAGAUGCGAGUGGUGUCCAAGUCGAACAAUGACACCCACUUUCGCCAGACUUUGAAGAAAAUUCUGAAACCACGCAUCGUCGGCACGGCCACCCACGACGAGGUCAAGCGCUACCUCGUCGACCAGCUGAAGGAACUACAGUUUACCGUAGAACUGGACGAGUUCAAUGAUAACACUCCGCACUUUGGAAGACUGAAAUUUUCCAACAUUAUUGGAAAGUUGAAUCCGGCCGCGGACAAAUACCUAACCCUCGCCUGCCAUUAUGAUAGUAAAUACUUCCGAGAGCACGCUUUCGUUGGAGCAGUGGAUUCGGCCGUUCCUUGUGCGAUGAUGCUAAAUCUGGCAAAAACUACCGAAUCGGCACUGGCACUACUCAAGAACAACACCGAUCUCAGCCUGAUGUUGGUUUUCUUUGACGGGGAGGAAGCCUUCAGGAAGUGGUCGGCGACGGAUUCCCUGUAUGGAUCGCGACAUUUGGCCACCAAGUGGACCACAAUGCCCUACGUCUCGCCAACAUUGGGGAAAUCGAUGCGAGAAAUUGACAGAAUUCAACUGAUGGUCUUACUGGAUUUGAUCGGAGGAGAGAAUCCCAAGUUUUACAAUUUCUUUGAUAAUACCAAAAACUACCACCGAAGGUUGAGUAGCAUAGAAUCGAACCUGAGGAAGAACAGACUUUUGCUGAAGGAUCCCAAGAGUAGUGAGAUGUUCGUUGAUCGGUCUUCGUUCAGUAGGAUCGAGGAUGAUCAUUUGCCGUUUUUGAAGAGAAAUAUUCCAAUACUUCACCUUAUACCGGUUCCAUUCCCCAAACACUGGCACAAACCGGAAGACAGUGAGGAGAAUGUCAAUCUCAGGACUGUGGGCAACAUCAAUAUGGUCCUGCGAGUGUUUACGUUGGAAUAUCUAACGUACUGCAACAGUAAAUACGGGAAACCACUCAGUUCCUGUUUGGAAUAGUAUUAUUAUACAUAACGACUAGCACCAUAGCAUCUACCAUUGCAAACUUAAUUAGCUUUAUUCUUGUGAGCUACAAAACUGAAAACAAAGUUGAAUGUUGGGUGUGACUGUUGCUGCUUUUGAAAACCACCCCGAGGGAAUUAACUAUUUAUAAACAAGGCAUUUUUCCAGAUCGUAUGAACGAAUAAAGACAUUUUAU